GUUUUCCGUGCGUUUUCCAUUUGUUUUCCAUUUAAUUUUCAGGUGGAUUUCAGUCUCGAAAAUACAAAGAAAUAUCUCACUAAAGAUUUGGCCGUAAGGAUACUAUCCGAAGCCGUUAAAUCUGUUUGAAAAAAAAAGUCUCGUAAGGUUUGGUUUAACUUAACUCAGCUUAUCUCCGACUCCGAGUUCCAUUUUGACUACUAAGGACUUCGAUUGGACUUUCUUUCUUGAUCUAAUUUGACUACGUAUCUGGACUCCGACACUGCUGUUAAUCUUAUUGACCAUUGGCUAACCCGUGGAACUUGCACUCAGCUUGCACGAAGACCCCGCUCGUGAAAAAGGACAUAAGACAUGCCUCCGCAUAAGUGCUCCUAUUUUAGGUGUACAAAUGUGUCAAAUAUGAAGUCAAUGUUCCGAUUCCCUUGGAAGGAACCAAAACGAUUAAAAUUAUGGUUAAAUAACUGUGGUAACAUGCAAUUAGCCAAUAUGGCAACUCAACGAUUGCGGGCUAGAUAUUUAUGUGUUGAUCAUUUCGACCAAAAACAUGUCCGCAACCAUAAAGGAGCCAGGACGACUCUUUUAAGGCACGCUAUUCCAGAACACUAUCAAAAUCAAUCUUUGCCAGGUGAAAAAAAACACACUGAAGAUACAAUACCGUUCAUCUUCUUUUGCGUGUCAUGCGCGACGUAUGUAUGCGACACGUGGCAGGACGAACUACACCAGCGUCACUACGUGGUCCGCGGGCCUAGAGGCUGCCCCAUGAACGAGUGGAUGGAGGUAGUGAGAAAAGUCCGGGAGGUGUUCUUUUUGUCUGCACUGAGCCAGACGAGGCCCCCUGAGAAGCCUCCCCGCGAAGAGAGGCCAUCCGAAGUGAGGCCCCACGUAGAAGGGCAACCCGAGGAAAGGCCCCCAGCUGGAGAGAGUCCCCCCAAAAAUGGGCCACCCGGAGAGAGUCCCCCCAAAAAUGGGCCACCCGGAGAGAGGCCCCCCGAAGAGAGGCCACCCGGAGAAAGGCCUCUGGUCAUCCCAAAAGAGGAGCCUGAGCAUAGCGUACAGAAAAGCGAUUCGGAUUAUGAUAUAUUCGAGGGUAUUAAACCAGAACUGGAAGUAGAAGAUACCAACGUAUUCGACGGGAGCCUGGAAGACCCAUUCGCGUCCAUUGGACCUCAGGUCGUACCAAAAAUGAAAAUUAAGUCGGAGUCGCCUGAUGAAAAUCCGCCCUGGUUGGAACGUCGUCUGUCCAUUGAGCCAGAACCUCCUGAUGAGAGUCCCAAAGACACGCUGGUAGAACCAUCGCCAGAGAUAACCUUUCCUUCGGCUUCUCUCGAAUGCCGUCUGUUCACCGAGCCAGAACGGCUAAAUGAGAGUCCCAAAGACACGCAGGCACAACCAUCGCCAGAGAUAACCUUUCCUUCGCCCUGGCUUGAAAGCCGUCUGUUCACCAAGCCAGAACCUCCUGAUGAGAGUCCUAUAAACACGCAGGCACAGCCAUCGUCAGAGACAACGUUUCCUACGGCCUCACUCGAAUGUCGUCUGUUCACCGAGCCAGAAGGUCCUGAUGAGAAUCCCAUAGACACGCUGGAAGAACAAUCGCCAGAGAUAACAUUUCCUUCGGCUUCGCUCGAAUGCCGUCUGUUCACCGAGCCAGAACCUCCUGAUGAGAGUCCUAUAGACACGCAGGCACAACCAGCGUCAGAGAUAACCUCCACUUCGCCCUGGUUGGAAAGCCGUUUGUUCAUCAAGCCAGAACGGCUUAAUGAGAAUCCCAUAGACACGCAGGCACAACCAGCGUCAGAGAUAACCUUCCCUUCGCCCUGGCUGGAAAGCCGUCUGUUCAUCAAGCCAGAACCUCCUGAUGAGAAUCCCAUAGACACGCUGGCAGAACCAUCGCCAGAGAUAACCUUUCCUUCGGCCUCGCUCGAAUGCCGUCUGUUCACCAAGCCAGAACCUCCUGAUGAGAGUCCUAUAGACACGCAGGCACAAUCAUUGCCAUCAAUAACCUUUUUUUCACCUUGGCUUGAAAGCCGUCUGUUCACCGAGCCGCUAGCGUCGCCAGCAGUCAUCGAGAACUGGAGGCCUCCGCUUAAAAGGUGCUCCUUUCGCACGUAUGCAAAAUGUUCAAAGACAUCAGCGAUUAAAGACCCGGGGAAAAAAAUCUGAAGUCCCAAUACCGAAGCUGGGUCUCCGUCCGCAGCAAGCGCUUUAAUCAAAUCAAAUCAAAAUAUUUAUUUGCUUUUAUGGGUUUUACAC